AUGGCCAUGACGCCCUUCAAAUGGGCCGUCGUUUUCGUUAUCUCCCUCUCUUUUAUGGUCUUUGUCACUUUCUUCGGCAGACUUCCUGCAUUUAGACGGACUCCGGUUGCUGGCUUGCAUAAGCUUAUAUGGAUUCACAUCCCCAACGCGGCCUUGGCCCUCGACAACAAGCUCACCGCCGGCAAACUGUCCAAAUCUUUAUCGCGAGGCUUUCACUACUUCUUGUAUGAGCGCCAUCCAACAGUUGUCAUAUUCUUUCUGUCCAUUCUCAUCGUUUCUGAGUUUUUGUACCUGCCCGAGGCCUGGCCUGUCAUUAACACCUUCACCAAGCUCACCGCCGCCAUCGCCGUUGUGCUACCAUACUUGUUUUUAUACCUUGCUUGCGCCAGCGACCCAGGCUACAUUACGGUCGAGAAUCACGCGUAUCACAUGUCCCUGUAUCCCUACGACCACGCUCUUUUCCACCCAGGUAACAAGUGCAACACCUGCCAUUUCCUCAAGCCCGCAAGGUCUAAGCAUUGCAGCAUCUGCAAACGGUGCAUCGCCAAGGCGGAUCAUCACUGCGUUUUCAUCAACUCGUGCGUCGGCUACGGAAAUCACCACUGGUUCCUGCUGCUGCUUCUUUCUACGGCUGUUCUGACGACCUACGGUGGCCUACUUGGACUGUCAUUGCUGUUGUCGGGGGUGAAUGAGAGAUAUCCGGCCUUCUCCAUCUGGAAACCAAAGGACAUGUCGCUUAACAGCUAUGGCGCCGUCUGGGGCUGGUGCAUCCAAAGAAAUGUCAAGCUCGGCGCCACUUCCCUUCUAUCCAUCCUCAUCACACCUCUUAUCUGGGGAUUGCUCAUUUAUACGCUGUAUCUCGUCUAUGCCGGCACGACGACCAACGAAUCACUCAAAUGGUCCGAGUACAAAGAAGACAUGCGCGACGGCUACGUUUUCCGCCGACCCUUGUUAUCAAAUCGCGAGAGGAGCCAGGAAACAGAGCCUCGGUGCGCCAGAUGGCCCGUCGAACCGGACCAUGUACUAGUCGCAACCUCCGAUGGAUGUCCUCCGUCAGACCAGGCUCGACCCCAAGGCGAUGGCGAGUGGGAGCGGGUAUGGAAGCUCGAUCGCGUCGAGAAUUUGUAUGAUAUGGGCUUUCGUGACAAUCUUGCCGACGCAUUUCUUCGAGAUUUUGCCUUUGGUGGCCGAUCGAUCGACCCACCGGCAGAACGGAUGAACCGUCGUUCUAGUUUUCCACCGUCUUGA